AUGGCGCCACAUCCCAGUCUGAGCCACAGAGUAUCCUCUUCAACAGUGUCAAGAGCUGAGAGGCAUCAUCACGCCCUUCCUCUCUCUCUCUCUCUCUCUCUCCUCCCGGCACGUAUAACAGAGAUAAACAGACCCAAUCAAGAGAGAGAGAAAAGAGGACAAAAAACAGACAUAGACAAUAGACACAAGGGAGAAGCUCCUCCCCCCUCCCCCCUACACACACAAACAACCCACCCAUAAAAAAAAACACACACGAUACAAACCCUUAAUUAAAGAAAGUAUGGAACCCCACCCGAAGAGGAGGAAGCGACCCUCCUUCAGCGAAGAGGAACUCCGCGUGCUCCUUCAAGAGGUGUCCAAGAGGAAGAAGGUCCUUUUAGGGAAAUUCGACGCUAUUUCUGUCACCGUACAGAGCAAGGUCGAGGCCUGGGAUGCUGUGACAGAGGCCAUUAAUGGGGUGAGCUGUGUCAUGAGGGAGAGGGAGGAGGUGAGGAGGAAGUUCGCUCACCACAGGUGGUUCGUGAAGAAGAAGGCCAAGGCGAGGGGGAGGAGAGAGGGUAAGACAAGCGACAGAGAUACCUUAAACGACCCGGAGGGGGCAAUGUUGUCGAUGAUAAGUGAGUCGGCGAGCAACAGUCUCACUAGUGUUUGUGAAUCAGGAAGUCCCUUGAAGUCUGUCUGUGAAGCAGACAGUACUGAAUCAGUUAGCCUGACUCCCUUGAGAUCGGAUACAGAAGACCACAGUGUAGAAAAAAAAAGCUUCAUCAAUGCAGACCAUUCAUUAAGAGGGCUUCGGAACUUCAGGAUGAAUAGGAGAGAGGCAGAUAGUGUUCAAAAUCUUUAUGAUGACACUGAUGGGACCCCAUUAAGAAUAGAAAAUGAGGAGACAAAUCCAAUUCAGACUGAUAUUUGUGAUGAUGUUACGAGCAGAAGCACAGUGGAAGGCCUACGACAUUUCCGGAUAGAUAAGGAGGAAAUUAGCAAAGAUCAGACCCUGUUGCUGCGGUAUUUUAGGAAGGAAAUGAAAUCCAGUGGAGAUGCAAAAUUAACCAAGAAGAACCACCACUCAAAUGCAGAAAAACUUAAAAUCUGGAGCCAUGAUGGUGUGCUCCAACUAGUAAAAGCAUACAGGACCCAUAUGCACAUGUUCAGUAUGACCUCUCUGAACAGUAGUCAGAUAUGGUGUAAAAUUGCAGAGGCAUUACAGAACAAUGGCUACACGUACACAGGAGAAUUGUGUAAAAGGAAGAUGCAGAAUUUAAGUACCAGAUUCUUGACUAACACCAAUGCUACCCUUUUUAGGACUCCAUACGAAACCAUGGUUAUAUUUGAAAAUGUUUUGAAUUAUAUUUUAGACCCUGAUGAUGAUCCCUUACAAGUGGAUGAAGUCAAGACAGAGCAAGAUUGUCUUUCACCAAAAUACAGUGAUAACUCUUUACAGUGGAGUGGGAUUAAGACAGAAUUCUGUCAUUCAUCACCAGAGCCUGAUAGCAACCCUUUAUCAUGGGAUGAUGUUAAAACAGAGGAGAGCUUGCUUGUUCCAGAACCUGUUGAGGAUUUACUCCCCUGGAGUGGUGUCAAGGUUGAACUUUGCUCAUCAUCUCAUACAGUACAUUAAUCUAAUUGAAAUGGUUAAUAGGAUAACAUGAGAGUGGACCAACCCAGCUGAAGAAUAUAUUAAUUUUACCCAUACGACUAUAAAAAAUAUUUAUAUUUUAGAAAUAUAUUUUACAGAUUAUUUA